UCAUGGCGACUUCUCUGUGGAAAGGUUUGGUGGGGCUGGGCCUUUUCGCGCUGGCCCACGCUGCUUUCUCCGCUGCGCAACAUCGUUCCUAUAUGCGCUUAACAGAAAAGGAAGAUGAAGAUCUGCCCAUCGAUAUCGUCCUUCAAACACUGAUGGCCUUUGCAGUUACCUGUUAUGGUAUAGUCCAUCUUGCAGGGGAGUUUAAAGACAUGGAUGCUACUUCAGAACUGAAAAAUAAGACACUAGACACAUUAAGGAACCACCCAUCUUUUUAUGUAUUUAAUCAUCGCGGUAGAGUAUUGUUCCGGCCUUCAGACAUGGUGUAUUCUUCCAACCAAGAUGCUUUGUUGUCGAGAUCUACAGUGAAGUUACGAAAACUUGAACCUCUGCGUCGUUAAGAUUAUUCAUGUUACAAUAAUAACCCGGAAAACGGAGAUAUAAUAUUGAAGUUUGGGGUAUAAACCAGUUUUUAAAAUAUCUACAACAGACUUUAUACUAUAAAUAUAACCAAGGAUUUUGUUUGUACACUGUUAAUGAAAUGGCUGAAUUGUGACUUGGCAAUGCAGUAUGUUAUUGCGACAAUUAUGCUGUGAAACGUGACUGACCUUUCAUACUUUAAACACUGUUUCAGUUUAUUAUUAUUUUUUCAGUUAAAAAACUCAUUUUUAAAAGUCAGACACUUGAAAAAUUUCAUCGAAGAAAAUGGAGUGCUUUAUAGCAACUUAUUUCCUUUGGUUUGCUUACACACAAUUUUAAGGAUUUUGUGUAUGUGUGUGUGGAAAUACUGUGUGGACUACUGAAUUUUGCAUCAGAAGGGUGGGAAAAGCUGUUGAUCUUCAGUUCUUAGGGUUAAAUGUGCUUAACUGCUUUGCUGCAAUGGUCCUUGGAGACCAAAAUGGUGGCUCGUCGUUUUUUUUUCCUUCUGACCCUUCAAAAGAGGUUACACUUAAAGUUCUUUUCAGUUUUAUCAGUGACUUUCUUCUCCCUACUCUCACCUCCAAGCUGCACCUCCAUCAAUCGAAGAUAACUGUCAUGUUAUUCUCUAACCUCUCUGGAACUUUAUUCAAAUAUGCUAUUUUACUGGGCACUUUUGUGGCAGAAAUUAUUUGCCCUAACAGAAAUUUAUCAAACAAGCGCAACUUGCAUAAAGAUCCACCACUCUAACCAACAUGACACGUGGCUGCCUGAUAGGAAUCCAAGAAUAAGCAGCUGAAGCAGAAAAUGACAGCCCCAACAGACAACAGGUGGCAGCAGCAGCUUGGCACAGAAGGAAGCCCUGUUCCAGAUGACAGCUGUGCAGAAGGGAUGGAGCAGCUGUCCACAGAAUGGCACGGCAGCAGCAAGGAGGACUCUGGGAGCACACGAAGAAGCCUUUGAGAUAUGGACCUGAGAAAAAGAGGCACAGCUCUUUGCUGGAAGACCGAGCCAGGAGAUGUGUUCUGGCUAUAGUGCAACCUUCUUGAUCUUGGAGUUCCAUUUGUAUUCCCUUCCCCAUCAGAGGAAAGUCGGAGAUAGUGUACCUUUGUGUGUAUGGAGGGGGGGCUGAGACUGAUUCUACUUCUUUAUUUCUCUUCUUUUCUUUGCUAUUCUUUUUCAAUUAAAUGCUUUGCCAUUUGGUUUAAUGUUCCUGCCUGGUCUGUUGGUAGAGAAAUAUAUUUGUGGGUUUUUUUCCUCAAGAUCUUUGAAGGUAUGGGUUUAUUGAUUGUAUCAAAUCAAACUAAGGAUACUGCACGGGUCCAGUGAAGUUUUUUGUUCCCCCAUGAUUUUUUGGGGAACUAGGCUAUACUGAUGUGUACAUUUGUACAUUAGUAGACAUUCACAAUAAAUUACAUUGCUUAAGUUG